AUGCUCAGCCGGCUAUUUUGGCGGACUUGUUUAUAAAUUUGCAAAAUAGAUUAAUGUUCAAAAAAAUGUCCUGAAUGGCGCUCGUUGAAGAAAGCCUUACAAAUUGCUUUAUUCCAGAUUUGGUUGACCAAAUUUUUGAGAAAUAUCGAUAUCAAGCUGAGUCUAAAAGCUUGACAAAAGAAAGCCGUGGACAGUUGUUUUCUGAUUUAUGCGUGUUACUAGGCCAAGAGCUCGUAUUGCGAUCCCUUCAUCUCGUGGAUGACUAUAGUUUCACCUUUUAUUAUCCCAAACGACAUCGGAGAAUUUGCGUUGUGGAACUUUCCAAAGGAGCCGAGUAUUUCCAGUUGCUCCCAAGGGUAAACUACUGCAAGUGCGAGUUCUUUCAGUGCCACGUAUUGCAGCUACCCAGGGGAAUUUUGUACCCGGACAUUCCCAGAGGACAGAAGGGCAUUCUGGAGGAUUGGAGCGAGGAAAGCCGGGUGUCCUACACUUGUCAGCACGUCCUGGCAGUGAGACUUCAUCAAUUUUUAAAAGUUACUGGCAGGAAAACCAGAGAGCAGAUCGUUGAUAAAGAGGAACUCAAGGAACUACAGAGACGCAUCUUCAGGGACUAA